ACCGGCCGUAUCGAAAGGAAAGGCCACUUUGAAGGAAACAACCAAAAAGGAGACCGCUGUCCCUCCCUCCCCUGCUCACUGGUUUGCCCUUUAAAUCAGCUGCGCUUGCUCGUCCAUCCCCUGCGAGCGCAGUUGAAUUCGGGAGGAAGGAAGGAGAAAGGAGCCAUCUUGGUAGAUUUUUAAGCGUCUUUUGUAGUUUAUUAGAUCUGUCGUCAUCUUUCCAUACAACUAGAGAGUGGUUGUGGGUUCUUGGAGAAGAAUCUGGUGUGUUUGGGCAUGAAAGAUGAGACCUUUAGGCUGAUGUUCGACCCUUUUUUAACGAAGAAACAAAAAGAAUCUGUCUCUUUGCUUCAAUGGUUACAUAUAUUUUUGUCUUGGAGAAUCAGGUUUUCUGCAAGUUUAUUUCCAGCAGCCUUCGGAGUUGUUUUGGCGGACAGAUCGGAUACUGGUUUCUGAUCUGAAGUUUAGUAUUUGAUUCGUCCAAGGAUAUCUAUCGUAACACAGCUGAAGAAGGAGUCUUUUGAGGCACCCUCAUACCUCUUCGCUCGGUUGCUGUUCCCUCUGAUGACACCGGACCGGAUCGUUGCAAUUCUAUGUUUCUGAGAACAAAGAUUCAGGAUAUUAUGCUGAGGAAGAGGUCGAGAGCAGUCGGCAGCAAGCAAGGCAUUAUGUCUGACAUCCCCUCCCUCCCAUCUCCCGUUGCUGCCUCUCUCUUCACCUCUCCAAGGCUCUACUCCCCAAAAAACAUAGCAGACCCCGAAGCAGCUGUGAGCCCAACUUCCAUACUGGAAACCAAGCCCUUCUCUGUCAUUAGGAACCCCUUCUUCUCUAAUGGAAACAAACACCUUCCUCAGGAGGAUGUGGAGUCGGGAGCCACUGGACUUGGCCUUCUUGAUGCUCUCACCAAUGACGACUCUUUUAACAGUACUUCCAGGCCAGAGAAGAGGAUGGUGGUGUUUGGGUCUCAGCUUAAGAUUCAAAUACCUCCUCCUCCUCCUCCUCCUACUUCUCAGUCCAGCUCAAUUUCGCCUAUGCGCUCCUCCGGCGAGUCCCUCCACUCACCUACAGAGUUCGGCAUCAAAACUAGGAACUCGCAGUUGGCUUUGCUCCCUGGUAUGCUCAGUUCUCCUCCUCGGUUCUUCACCGGGCGCCUUCCACCGCCGGAGAUGGAGCUGUCGGAGGACUACACUCGCGUGAUCUUGCAUGGGCCAAAUCCGAGGACGACUCAUAUCUUCGAUAACUGCAUCAUUGAGAGCUGCACUAAUGGAUUUGCCACUCCAAUGAGUGAGCGCAGGUCUUCUAGUGAUCGUCCGGGAUAUGCCGUGGAUGAUUUCUUGAGCUUUUGCUAUGGCUGCAAGAAGAAAUUUGGCUCAGGGGAGGAUAUUUACAUGUACAGAGGAGAUAAAGCAUUCUGUAGCCAUGAAUGUCGCCACCACGAGAUGCUGCUUGAUGAGGGAAAGGACAAGUGCUGAAAGAAAUCCAUUAAGCAGACAGAAACGGUUAAUGGAUCGACUGCAAGUGGCUUAGGAACAUAUCAUUAUGUAUUUACUGUUAGUAGUCGCUUUCUCUUUCUCUUUCUUCCCCUUUUUAGAGGAAGCCGGUGAGGUAAGUAUUUUUGUAGAGUUGAUUUCUGAGACUGCUGUUGCACUUUUCCUCUGGCUGUUGUCUCAUCGAUGCUUAUUUGA